AUGUCGCGCGUCGAGCGCGUCGAGCGCGUCGAGCGCACUGUGAUGUUCCCCUCCACGUCCGCGUCGGCGCGCGAGAACGCGGCGUUCACGGCGCACUCCAAGAGAGAAGACGUCGAUUGGAACUCGCUGGAUAAAAAGAAGUUUUUCGGCGCCGGCGUCGGCGUCUUCUCGGGCGUCACGCUCGCCCUGUACCCGCUGAGCGUGAUCAAGACGCGACAGAUGGUGAGCGCGAACGCGACGCAGACGUCGGCGUUUGGGGUGGUUCGAGAGGUUGUCAAAGAGCGCGGGAUUCGCGGUUUGUACAGAGGGUUCGGAACGAUCGUCGUCGGCGCGAUACCGAUUCGAGUGGUCUACCUGAGCACGUUAGAGGCUGUGAAGGCGCAGACGAACGCGUUGUUUGAUACGUAUGAGGUGGCAAAUAAGUACAGGGGGGCGGCGGAUGCGGCGGGAGGGGCGACGGCGAGCUUGGUUUCACAGGCGCUCGCGGUGCCGGUGGAUGUGAUAUCGACGAGGCAGAUGGUGCAGGGGAUGCGACACGGGAGGGAGACGGCUGUGAAGGCGGUGGAGGGUGGAGGGGCUGUUGCGGCGGAAGAGGUCGCGUUCGCGGGGUACAGGAACGGUAUAGAUGCGGUGCGACAAAUAGUCGCGAAGGAGGGCGUCAGAGGCUUGUACAGAGGCUUCGGCGUGAGCGUCGCCACGCUGGUUCCAGGAAGCGCGCUUUGGUGGGGGUUCUACGGGACGUAUAAGCGAACGUUUUGGGAUGCGGCGCCCGCGGAUUGGCGCGACGACGCCAAGACGACGGAUGCGCAGGUUAUAGGGGUGCAAGUUGCGAGCGGCGUGUGCGCGGGAUUGUCGAGCGGUUUCCUCACAACGCCUCUGGACGUGAUCAAAACUCGCUUACAAGUCCUGAGCGGUCAGCCAGGAGGGGAGGGAACGAAUUUAUCGAGCACGGCGUCGAUGAUAUAUCGUGAACACGGCGCCUUGGGAUUCUUUCGCGGCGUGCGUCCUCGCAUGGUGAGCGUCUCCGUCUGGGGAACGGUUAUGGUGUCCGUGUACGAAUUCCUGAAACGGAGCUCUAAAAAGGAAGAGGUGUAA